AUGCGCACGGCAACGCGCCAAGCCUCGUCCUCAAUUACCCCGGCGCGUGUCGAUGACAUUACCGGAGAAGACCCCUCCCACCUCCCCGGCGGAUCACGUGUCGGAAUUUCCCCGCGUUUCUGCUCCUUUCGGCGGCGGCGGCGGCGGGGCGGGGCCUCUGUGGCGAGGGGCGUGGCUUCGCAUCGUACCCAGCCCGUCCCCGAAGUGCCGCUUUCCUCGCCUCCCCCGCACUCACAACAGCCCUGCGAGGCAGGCCAGGGGGAGCGUCCCGGCCCCAGCCCCCGUCCAGCCUCCCAACCCAGCGUAGCUCGUGUGGGGAGGGGAGAGGGGAGGCGCUCCCGGGGCCGAAGCGGAGCGAGCCUGGAGUCGGGGCCGCCCCGCUUUGCUCCUCGCCGCGGGCUCCGCUCCCCGCUCUGCCGCCGUGGCCGGCUCGGGGCGCAGCAGACCCGGGCGGGGACUCGGCCGCGGGUCGGGCUUGCCUCGCGAGCACCGCCCCGGGGCCCCUGGGCGGCAGAGGCGCUUCGGCCGCAGGGAGCCGGGCUUGCGGGGCCGCCUCGCCCCAGCCGGCCCUCGGCCCCGCGCGCCCUUCCCGACGUGCGCGGAGUCCCGUGUCCGCGGCGCGCCUGCCCCGCCUCCCGCCCGCGUCGCUCCGCCCGCCGGCCCCGCCCGCCCGCCCGCACUCCGGCGCCGGCCUCGGCUCAGCUCCGCCGCCCUCGCCGCCCGCCGGGCUCCGCCAUGCUGGGCAAGGACUACAUGCUGGCCAUCAUCCUGGUCGACUGCGACGAUAACCUAUGGAAUGACCAGAAUCUGGAGGCAGAUCUUGACCUUCCACCAGGAUGGAGGAAAAUCCGCGAUUCCUCAGGGACCUACUACUGGCACGUGCCCACAGGCACCACCCAGUGGCAACACCCAUCUUGCACCGCUGGUUUGGCACCCAGUGGGGAUGUGGCAUCUGUAGAGACGGACCUCCAGGCUGCUACAGUAGAACGUGUGCCGAUGGAGAGACCCAUCCCAAGCCCGAUGGCGUUGCUUCCCAGAAGGACAUCACUGGCAUGGCCGGGGGAGGAGCACCAUCAGGUUGGCGCAGAUCCCGGAUCCAAGUGCUUCGUUGUGCGCUCCUUAGGCUGGGUGGAGAUUCCAGAGGAGGACCUAGCCCCCGGCAAAAGCAGCAUUGCUGUGAAUAACUGCAUCCAGCAGCUCUCUCAGAGCAAGUGUGUGAGUUGGAACCCCGCAGACCGAUGGGGUGAGGGCCAGAACAUGGUGAUGAUCCUGAAGAAGGACACAAUGAGCUUGGUAGAUCCUCUGGACCGCAGCCUCAUCCACAGCCAGCCCAUCAUCAACAUCCGCGUCUGGGGAGUGGGCUGCAACAAUGGCCGGGACAGGGAUUUUGCUUUCGUGGCCAGUGACAAGGAUACGUGUAUGCUGAAGUGCCAUGUCUUCCACUGCAACGUGCCUGCUAAGGCCAUUGCCAAGGCCCUGCAUGAAAUGUGUUCCAAGAUUAUGGCUGAGCGGGCAGCAGCAAGUAACAGCCUUACUCGAUCUCUCACACUGGAGCCCGUCACACCAGAUGACCUUCCUCUGCAAGUUGACAUCAUGGAUGCCGUGAGAGAGUCUGUCCAGAAAUAUGAAGCUUUGUAUAUCGGCAGCUUACCAGUGUCCAAAGCUAAGGGGAUGGAUGUGCUCAAUACUGCCAUCGAGGACUUGAUGGACAGGCGUGGCCAUGAGCAGUGGAUUCCAUCUGUCAUCAGUGUUUCGGAUUCAGUGAUGCAGGCGGAGCAGACUGAGGCCGAGGAUGAAGAUGAUGCCUGUCUUUGGGAAUGCCAGGUUCGCUAUGUGACUUUUAUCGGGAUUGGGAAAGACGCCCACACAUUUGGUCUCAUCACUGACAUGGGACGGCAACGUUUCCAGUGCACGGCAUUUUGGUGUGAGCCGGAUGCAGGCAUGAUCUCGGAAGGAGUUCAGGCUGCAUGCAUGGUCCAGUAUCAGAAAUGCUUAGUAGCCUCUUCAUCUCGAAUGAGACUGAAAAGCGGCUCCCGUUCCAUCCUGAAGAUGAAAAGGACAGUGUCAGUAGACUCACCAGGGUGCCCAUUUCCUGCCAUGGGGCACUCCCUGCAGAAAAACGGCAAUGGAACCGCUACCCGCAAGAGGGGGGUCUUCUCUUUCUUUGAAGCAUUCCGCCAGAAACAUUUCAUGCUACACACCCCUUAAGAUGAAAGACGUGGCACGGAGGAGACAGCAGGCCCCAGAGGGCAAACAGCAGCAGCCUUCUUGCUGAUCCCUCAGCUCCAGAUGUAAAUAGCAUAAUUCUAUCUAUUGGUUCUUCAGUGAAGCUAAAAGACCCAGCCAACCCAAGCAGGAAGAUUACCCCUCCUCCCCUAGAGAGGGUCCUGGUUCAUUCAGGACACGCUGUGCAUCACGUUCUAAUCCUUUGCUAAGUUGAUGCUGUCAGGAGGUGGCAAGGUUGCUUUGGGGGGAAUAACAGCAACAUAGCAUGUGAAGGUGCGAGAAUAUUCUUUCUUGGCCUAUGGAAUAGGCAGCACCCAGCGCAACACCACAGGCUCCAAAACUUGCUUCUGCCGCCCAAGGGGUUCUGUGGGGCAGGACGUGACAGGCAUGUGAGCUUCUUGAUUUUAUGCAGUAUAAGCUGUGGGCAUCUCUCCUCUUCCCUCCCAAGUUGUAGCAUGAAUGGGUGGUAUAUUAAACCUGAAUGCAGCCCCGAGAGAAGGAAGCAGGCGCCAUCACUCCAAGCAGUUAAUGCAGAGGUUCCUCCGUGGGAGUUUGAGGAAGCAAAUAUAUAUUUGUCAAACAUGGAUGAAGGGCAGUAUUCCCUCUGACAAGUGGCAAUCUAAUAAUCCAUGCACUGCGGCAGACACGGCUCCAUCCAUUUCACCACAUUACGCAUAGCUGAGAAUGGCAAAGGUCUGCCACUGUGCUGCUCUGGCAAAACCGGUGCCAAUCUUUCUUUACUUCAAAGCAUGUGAUGUUAACAAAUGCACCUUCCUGAUACCAAGAAAACAAGCUGUGCUUGGCUGUGGCACUGUGGUGCAUUGGACCAUUUUGCUCAGCACACAGGGCUCGAUCCCCGCCCAAGCAACCGCAGUGAGCCCCUGAGGGUCUGAUGGUGGUGUAAGAGAUGAUGAUGGGCAUAGCCUGUGCAGCAGCUGCCAGCCAGGGCAGGGGUGAGCCCGAGCUGUUGCCAGCACUACUGGGGCUCUGCUUGUUUGUAGUGUGGCUGGCUAAGUACAACUUUUAACUCUUCCAGCCUCUCCUUUGUUUACUGGUGCACAGGUAGACGGUGCAUUUGGGAGGGCAUCGAGGCCAAAAAGGUUGCCAGACCCUGGCUUAACAUUACCAGAUGGUGCCCCCAGAGAGCCGUAAGUGCUCACUAGCAGAACGUCUGCAAGGAUCCGAUGUGUGCUCAGCUCCAGCACUCAUGGCUGUCCUUAUAACACCAGCACACCUAGACUGGUGCUUUGAUGGGUGACAAACCAUUCAAACAGACCACGACUGUAUGGCCCGAUGCCGGUGAGCAACUCCAACAAACACAUGUGUAAGAGUGACUUACACUUGAGAGUAGUAAGUAGGGGAAAUGCAGAUUCUCCAGCAGAUUUUUUAAAAAGUAUACAUACUGAGAGCCCGUUUUACUGUUGUCUCUGAAAGCUACUCCUUGGCACCAUUUUUUCCGUGUCUAGAAUUGGGUAGCUGAGGCGGGUGGAAGGAGGGGGUUUGUUUCCAUACACAAGUUUCCUUCUUUCCCAUUCUGGGUCUCAAUGUAACUCAUCUCCUUUUAUUUAUAAUACGAUCCCUGGUUACAAUAGACUCGAGUCUACCUCAGUAAUACUUUAUAUCUCAUAAUUUGUGCAA